AGAUGAACCUGGCUCCAUCCUGGCACCUCUCACUGCUCCUCCUGAGUGUUCUAACAGGUGUGUACGGGAAGAGAAUCAUCGGGGGUGCAGAGGUGAACAAAUACUCCGUCAAGUAUCAGGCCUCCCUCCUGUUCAUGAACCAUCACUUCUGUGGAGGCACCCUCAUCCACCCGCAGUGGGUGGUGUCUGCUGCCCACUGCUGGAGACCGAGGCACCUGAGCCAGGUGGUCCUGAGUGAGCACAGCAUCCACAAGCUGGAGGGCUUUGAGCAGAGGUUCGAUGUUUCCUUAGUCGUCAGGCACUACCGGUACCAACACUGGACGUUUGACAAUGAUAUCAUGCUGAUAAAGUUGGACCGUCCAGCUAUCAUCAAUGCCAGGGUCGAGCUGGCCUCUUUGCCAGACCCAGACUCACCGCCUUUGGCCAACCUUGCCCAGUGCACAGUCAGCGGCUGGGGUGUGACCUGGCUCAACAGCUACAGCCUGUCACCUGUGCUGAGGUCCGUGGAUGUGAACAUCUUUGACAACUGCAGGCAGUACUACUACUUCAGGGUAACAGACAACAUGGUCUGUGCUGGCUCUCAAUUUGGUGGGAAAGACUCCUGUCAGGGUGACUCAGGAGGACCUCUUGUCUGUAACGGUAAACUUGAGGGCAUUGUAUCCUGGGGUAUCAGCUGUGCUUAUGCUUACUACCCUGGUGUCUACACUAAGGUCAGAAACUACCUCGCAUGGAUCAAUUGGGUCAUCCAGAACAGAUAAUGAGACUCUUAAUGACAAACUCACCUAAAACUCUACUGUGAUGAAGAUUGGAAUGGAUCCUUGUUGACCCCGAGGUCCUAUUUUGGGUUGUCUUCUAUCCAGUAGUUUCAUAUAAACAUGAAUAUAUUUGCUAAGAAGAAAUAAAUACACCCCAAAACACAAGCAGGUAAAAAUACACAGUGAAGUCA